GGGAACUUCCGCGGUCAAAGGUGACAGCUUCCGGCCGCUAGCUCCUCCGCCCGCCCUAGCACACCCCUAACCCCUUUCACUGAGGGUAGUUCCUAGACCAGUUUUUAAAAAAUGGAACCUUGUUCCUGUGAUACUUUUGUGGCAUUACCUCCAGCAACGGUUGAUAACAGGAUUAUUUUUGGAAAAAAUUCAGAUAGAUUGUGUGAUGAAGUACAGGAGGUAGUUUAUUUUCCUGCUGCAGUUCAUGAGAACCUGAGAGAACAUCUUCAGUGUACUUACAUAGAAAUUGAUCAAGUUCCUGAAACAUAUGCUGUUGUCCUCAGUCGCCCAGCUUGGUUAUGGGGGGCAGAAAUGGGAGCCAACGAGCAUGGAGUUUGCAUUGGGAAUGAAGCUGUAUGGGGAAGAGAAGAAGUGUGUGAUGAAGAGGCGCUACUGGGCAUGGAUCUUGUCAGACUUGGCCUUGAAAGAGCUGAUACAGCUGAAAAAGCCCUCAAUGUCAUUGUUGAUCUAUUAGAAAAAUAUGGCCAGGGUGGAAAUUGUUCAGAGGGUAGGAUGGUAUUCAGCUAUCACAACAGUUUCCUGAUAGCUGAUAGGAAAGAAGCCUGGAUUCUGGAGACUGCAGGGAAGUACUGGGCAGCAGAAAAAGUACAAGAGGGAGUUCGUAAUAUUUCUAAUCAGCUUUCUAUAACAACCAAGAUUGAUCGGGAACAUCCAGACCUGAGAAACUAUGCUAAGCAGAAAGGUUGGUGGGACGGUAAAACGGAGUUUGAUUUUGCUGCAACAUACUCUUAUCUUGACACAGCCAAGAUGAUGCUUUCACCAGGCAGAUACUGUGAAGGCUACAAGCUUCUGAAUAAGCACAAAGGAAAUAUAACUUUUGAAACAAUGAUGGAAAUUCUCCGAGAUAAACCAAGUGGCAUUAAUAUGGAGGGAGAAUUCCUGACCACUGCAAGCAUGGUUUCUAUUUUACCUCAAGACUCCAACCUUCCUUGCAUUCACUUCUUUACAGGGACUCCUGAUCCUGAGAGAUCUGUUUUUAAGCCUUUCAUAUUUGUGCCAAAUGUUUCACAACUAUUGGAUACCAGUUCACCAACAUUUGAUCUUGAAGACCCAGUUAAAAAGAAACCACGUUUUCAGUUUCAGCCUGACAGAAGACACCCACUCUAUCAAGAACAUCAACAGGCAUUGGAAGUAAUAGACAAAAAGGAGGAAAAAGCCAAAACUAUGUUGGACAACAUGAGGAAACUGGAGAAAGAACUAUUCAAAGAAAUGGAAUCAAUUCUUCAAAACAAGCAUCUUGAUGUUGAUAAAAUUGUUAAUCUCUUUCCCCAGUGUGCAAAAGAUGAAAUUAGAAUUUAUAAGUCAAACAUUAGUUCUUAGUGUCAUAUAAAUGGUCAACAAUCUUCCUCAAAGUCAGAAUCUAUCACCUUGGUAAAUGAUAUAACCUAGUUUGAGUAGAUCUGAUUUUUCUUUAAUAGCAUUUACCUAAUGGCCUAUUAAAACUACACAUAGUCUUGCUGAAAUAUUGAGAAAGAAAAUAACAUUGGAAUUAGGCACAUAUAUCAUGGAAUAGCCAGGAGUUAUUUCAGGUAUUUGUGUGUGUGUGUGUGUGUGUGUGUGUGUGUGUGUGUGUGGUUUUUUUCCAGCCAUAAUACCUUUUUAAAAAUUACAAUAAUUAAAUAUUCAAUUCUGCAUAAAGUAUGAAAUAUUAAAAUAAUGAAUAGGUUUAUAUUUAGUAUAUUUAUGUAUUGUCCUCAAAUAAUUUUCUCAAUUACAGCAAGAAAGUAGAUUUUUCUUUAGUAAUGGAAAAUAUUGUUUCUCAAGUAAUGAGUUUUUUCUCAUAGGCAAAUAUUAAUCAUCUCUAACAAAAUUUUCUAGAUUUAUACAUUGUCUUACUACAGUGUAUUAAUCCUGCAAAUGUGCUUUUAUUAGACACAAACAUGCUUUUUGUCAAGACUUGGCAUCAGUGAGCUUUUAGCUCUGAUUAUCAAGCACUUUUUCAGCCAUGCACCCUUAUAGGCUUUUAUGGUAAUGUUUUUAGAAGAGCUUGUCUGGGGGAUUAGGAAAUGGGAUAAGGGAACCAAGACCUCAGGAGAUACUGUUUCUGUGUCUUGAAUCUUUCUCAAAUUUUGUUUCUCUUCACUCAGUGAAAACAGCAACAGGAAUGAGAUAGUGGCAACGAAAUAGAAUUAUUAGUGUAUUAUGAACAUGAAGAACAUUAUAGUGCAUAAUGUAUUAUGAACAUUAUUAAUAAGUAAUAUUUACCCAAAGUUUAUAAAACUUUGUUAAAGUUACAUAGAGAUUACCAAGUAAGACUCAAAGUUGCAACUAUAAAACAAAAGAAGAAUCCAACUCAACAUUAUUUAUUGGUUUCUAGAAAUAUCUAUUUUAGGUUUUUUAUUAUAUUAUCAUAUUUAUUGGUUGCUAUCAUUGUAAUUAGGAUUAUUACUAAAGUAGUGGAUGAUUAAAGAAAAUUUCUUUUUUUAAGUUCUCUCAUAAAAGCCAUAAUCUGCUUAGGGGUGCCUGGGUGGCUCAGUUGGUUGAGCAUUCGACUUCGAUUUAGGUCAUGAUCUCAUGGUUUGUGGGUUCGAGCCCCACCUUGGGCUCUGUGCUGACAGCUCAGAGCCUGGAGCCUGCUUUGGAUUUUGUGUCUCCUUCUCUAUCUCCCUCUCCCCUGUUCGUGCUCUGUCUCUCUCUGUCUCUCAAAAAUAAAUAAAUGUAAAAAAAAAAAAUUAAAAACCACAAUCUGCUUGAUUUUGCUUGUCUAAUACAGAGCUACCAUUACAAAAGAAAAGAGAUUUGUCUCAAGUACUCAGUUAAUUAUGUGUUUGCUUUACAGAUGGUUCAGUGAAAGCCUCUCCCCAAGUCAUGAAGACCUUUGGCCAACCCCCAUACACCUCCUUUCUCUCUCUUAAUAUAUGGGGAAACUAAGGGUAAGCAGGCUGUUCAUUUAUCCAGGGGCACAUACUUGAAUCUUAUUUCUCUCUCUGGGGCUCACAUGUUUUCUCUUCCUCCUUUCAUACCACCCUAGUCUCAAUUAGCACUGUCUCUCACCUGGACAACUGCAGUGAACUGUCCUACACCCAUUUUUGUUUUUUUAUCUCCAUUCACAUGGGUCACUGCAGCAGAGUGAUCUCUUGGGAAUGUAAAUCUAAUAAUAAAUUUCCUUCCUAAAACUUUUUAAGAAAAUAUUUUUUUAUAGCUGUUUUAGGUUUAAAGCAAAACUGAGCAGAAAGUACAGAGUCCCUGCAUACGUCCUGUCCCACCUCCAACUUUCCCCCCUCUGUCAACAUCCCACACUAGAGUAAUACAUUUGUUACAAUUGAUGAACCUACACUGACAUAUCGUUAUCACCCAAAAGCCAUAGUCUACGUUCGGGUUCACUCAUUGUACCUUCUAUAGGUUUGGACAAAUGUUUAAUGACGUGCAUUAGUGAGUAUUAUACAGAAUAGUUUCACUGCUUUAAAUAUCCUCUGUGCUCCACCUAUUCAUCUCUCCCUCCCCCUAAUCCCUGACAGCCACUUAACCUUUUUAUUAUCUCCGUAGUUUUGCCUUUUCUAGAAUGUCAUAUAGUUGGAAUCGUACAGUAUAUAGCCUUUUCAGAUUUGCUCUUUAACUUAGUAAUAUGCAUUUAAGAUUCCUCCAUGCCUUUUCAUGGCUUGGGAGCUCAUUUCUUUUCAGUGCUGAAUAGUAUUCUGGAUAUUUUGAUUGCGGAUACCCAGUCAUAAAACCAUAGGUCCUACUGAAGGACACCUUAGUUGCUUCCAUGUUUUGGCAGUUAUGAUAAAGCUGCUAUAAACAUCUAUGUGCCAGUUUUUUGUGUAGACAUAAGUUUUCAGUUCAUUUGGAUAAAUACCAGCAGCAUGAGUGCUGGAUGGUAUGGUAAGAGUAUGUUUAGUUUUGUAAGAAACUGCCACACUAUCUUCCAAAGUGACUAUCAUUUUGCAUUCCACCAGCAAUGAAUGAGAGUUUCUGUUGUUCCACAUCCUUACUUAUCAUUUGGUAUCGUCAGUGUUCGGGAUUUUGGCUAUUCUUAUAGAUGUGUAGUAGUAUCUCCUUGUUUUAAUUUGCAUUUCCCUGAUGACUUAUGUUGCAGAGCAUCUUUUAAUAUGCUUAAUUUCCCUCUGUAUAUCUUCUUUGGUGAGAUAUCUGUUCAGAUAUUUUGCCCAUUUUAAAAAUCAGGCUGUUCAUUUUCUUAUUGUUGAAUCUAAAAUUCUUUUAAAAAGUCAUUGAGAUAAGUCCCGGUCCUUAAGAACUAUCAAUGAGAUCUUGCUGAUCUGCCCAUCUGUAUCUUAUUAUAUUUUGCUAGGUUUUUUUUUUUUUUUUCUUUUCAUAAUCCCCUUUAUCUCUUUCACCAUCCCCCCACCCACCUCCCCUCUGGCAACCACCAGUUCGUUCUCUAUUUAAAAGUCUGUUUGGUUUUUGUUGCUGUUGUUCCUUUGUUUUCUUAAAUUCUGCACAUGAGUGAAAUCAUAUGGUAUUUGUCUUUUUUAUUUCACUUGGCAUUAUACCUUCUAGGCCCAUCCAUGUUGUUGCAAAUGGCAAGAUUUCAUUCUUUCCUAUUGCUGAAUAAUAUUCCAUUGUAUAUAUGCACCACAGUUUCUUUAUCCAUUCAUCUAUCAAUGGACACUUGGGUUGUUUCUGCAUCUAAGCUAUGUAAGUAAUGCUGCAAUAAACAUAGGGGUGCAUAUAUCUUUUCGGAUUAGUGUUUUUGUUUUCUUUGGUUAAAUACCCAGUUGUGGAAUUAGUGGAUCAUAUGGCAAAUCUAUUUUUAACUUAAAAAAGAAAUGUUUAAUUUAUUUUGACAGAGAGAGGGGAGGGGAGGGGCAGAGAGAAUCCAAAGCAGACUCCAUGCUGUCAGCACAGAGCCUGAUGAAGGGCUCGAACUCACAACCCAUGAGAUCAUGAUCCGAACCAAACUUAAAAGUCAGACGCUUAACUGACUGAGCCACCCAGGUGCCCCUCUAUUUUUAACUUUUGAAGGAACCCCUGUACUGUUUUUGCAGUGCCUGCAUCAAUUUGCAUUCUCACUGACAGUGUAAAGGGACCCUUGUACACUAUUGCCUUUUUAAAAAGCUUUUACUCUGCUGCUUUUUUUUUUUUUUUAAGUUUAUUCAUUUAUUUUUGAGAGAGAGAGAGAGCACAGGUGGGGUAUGGGCAGACACACACACACAGAAUCUGAAACAGGCUCCAGACUCUGAGCUGACAGCAGAGAGCCCAAGGCCGAACUCGAACCCAUGAACCAUGAUGAGAUCAUGACCUGAGUUUAAGUUGGAUGCUUAACUGAUGGAGCCGCCCAGGUGUCCCUGGUCUUUCAGGGUUUUUUAAUGUUUCAAGUUUUUAUUUAAAUUAGUUAACAUACAGUGUAACAUUAGUGAGAAUUUAGUGAUUCAUCACUUACAUAUAACACCCAGUGCGCAUCAUAGCAAGUGCCCUCCUUAAUACUCAUCAUUUAGCCCAUCCCCCACCCACCUCCCUCCAUCAACCCACCGUUCUCUAAAGUUAAGAGUCUCUUUCAUGGUUUGCCUCCGUAUCUUUUUUUCUCCUUCCCCUAUGUUCAUCUGUUUUGUGUCUUAAACUCCACAUAUGAGCGAAAUCAUCGUAUUUGUCUUUCUUUGACUGGCUUGUUUCGCUCACUACACUGCUCUUUCAAAUCCUUGAAUGUGCCCAGCUCCUUCACAAUGGCUGUGCCCUCUGCUUGCACCAUUCAUUUCACAUCCUCCUUUUUAUGUAAGUAGUUGUUUUUAUCCUUUAGAAUUUUGCUGAAGCAGGAGUUCCUCAGGAGUUUUCCCCAUACCACAAGGUCAAGUCUGUUGUUACGUACCCUCAGAGCCACAUGUGAUCCUGAUCACAAGUGUAAUUAUAUGUUUCACAUCUGUUUUUCACAGUAAAAUAGAAGCUUUAUGAGGUUAGGAACCCCACUGUUGUGUGCUCAGUAUUCAACAUUGUGUUGGCACAAGUUAGAGGCUCAAUAAAUAUUUGUUAAAUGAACAUUGAAGUGCUGAUGGAAAUAAUGUACCCAGUCCUCUGUAAAGUUGAGCAAAUUAUUUAGACAAUCUAUCUGUACAACUUGGUAACCUUUGUUAAGUCUCCGGUCGACCUGUUGCUUUUUUACAUAUUCAAAAUGGGAAUAAUAACUCCCUAAAGACUGAUAUUAUUAUAAGGAUAUGUAAAUUAAUUAAGUUUAGGAGACUUUCACUAUGUAAAUCUAAUAUGGUAUUUGGGUUUUGGUAAUUGUGUGGGUAAUUAAUGCCUUGUAGUCUAUUUUAGAAAAUUUAAGACUUCCUUUUUUUUUAAAUGUUUAUUUAUUUUUGAGAAACUGAGAGAGACAGAGCAUGAGCAGGAGAAGAGCAGAGAGAGAGAGAGGGAGACAGAAUCCGAAGCAGGCUCCAGACUCUGAGCUGUUAGCACAGAGCCUGAGCCUGAGGCGGGGCUUGAACCCAUGAACCGUGAGAUCAUGACCUGAGCUGAAGUUGGGCGCUUAACUGAGCCACCCAGGCACCCUGAAAAUGUAAGGUUUUCUUAAAUUUCAGGUGUUUCUUAGGAGUAAAAAAUAUAGUUUUUUUUGAAAUUAAGCUUUUUUUUUUUUUUUUUGGUUAAUCCUUCAGUGAUAUGGUUUAUUAUUUACCAUGAUGUAAUAAACCAAGGGAAUAACUAAUAAACUGAGUACUUUAAGAGUCUCAUGCUCUACUGACUGAGCUAGCCGGGAACCUUAAACUGAGUACUUUAGAGAAAGCUAGUUUGUUUGAUCUUUGUUGAAAACGUCAAUUUAUAUAUUAAUCUUCAACCAAAAAAACUUUUAUUUUUAAUUCCAGUACAGUUAACAUACAGUGUUAUAUUUGCUUCAGGUAUACAAUAGACUGAGUCAACAAUUCCAUAUAUUACUUAGUGCUCAUCAAGGUAAAUAUGCUCUUAAUCCCAUUCACCUGUUUCACCCCCCCCCCCCCCCCCCC